AUGAGUUUCCUGGAUGACAGCGGCGGCAGCAGUGGCAGCGAGGGAGAGGGAGGAGCCCAAGCGCCCACAAGCAAGAGGUUGGGGUCCGGCUCUCGAGAAGGGGAUGGCGAAAGGCUCCGGGUCAACGAAAGCUUCGCCAAAACGUUCGAGAAGAAGAAGCGUGAGCAGGAUCUGCAGGCCGCCAAGCACCUCGACUUGGGGUCUGACGACGAGGAAGGGUCGGAGUCGGACAGCGAGACGGAGGACGAGGACGCCGAGAUGCUCACCCCUGCCUUGGACCUUCAGAUCAUGAAGACGAUCAACAAGAUCAGGAGCAAAGAUCCCGACAUCUACGACGCGAAGAAAGAGUGGUUCAAGCCCGGAGAAUCCAAGGCCGGCGGCGGGAGCGCUGACGGCAGCAGCAGUAACAAGAAGGCCGAGAAACGGAUGCGCUACAAGGACGUGCUCCGCGAGCAGAUCCUCCACGCGGAGAACGCCGAGGACGCCAUCAGCUCCGACGAGGACAGCAACGACGACGAAGACAACAGGGGCAGCAACAGCCGACGGAAACGAAACGACAACGGGGGCGAGGGCCGGCGCGGCCUGGCGUACGACGAGGAGCAGGAGCAGCUCCGGCGAGGCCUGUUGGGUUCCAUAGCGGAGCACGACGGGGGAGGCGGAAGCGACGACGGCGACGGCGGGGAGGAAGAAGAGGACAGUGACGAGGACGGGGGAGGUCUGCUCAAGGUUCGGAAAAAAACCGCGGCGGAAGUAGCCGAGGAGGAGGAGUUGCUCAAGAAGGAGGCCGACAAGAUGGCCAGCCAGGGGGACGGGGGCGAAGAAGACGCCUUUCUACAGGACUUUGUGGGAAACCGCCGCUGGCUCGACCCACACUCCAAAGAAACCCCAAGCUACGACGAGAUCCUUAACGCUCCUCGCGUGGAAGACAGCGAGGACGAGGAGGACAUCGACAAGGCCGACGACUUCGAGAGCAAGUACAACUUUAGGUUCGAGGAGGAAGGAGGUGGGGAGAUCGCGAUGCACUCGCGGGACGUGAAAGGGUCGAUGCGGAGGAAGGACGACCGAAGAAAGCGAGAGAGGGAAAACCGCAAGGUACGCAAAGCCGAGGAGAGGCAGCGGAAAGAAGCCGAGCUGCGGCGCCUGAAGAACCUCAAGCGCGAGGAGAUCAGGAAGCGCCUGCAAGCCAUCCAGGACAUGAGCGGCGGCGCCCUUCUGGAGGAGGAGGGGGAGGAGGAGGGGGGAAGGAGGGGGGGAGGGCGGCGGGGGGCAGCUGGAGGGGGAGUGGACGCGGAGGCCCUGAUCGAGGGGGACUUCGACCCACAACAGUGGGACGACGUGACAGGGAAGGCGUUCGGGGACGGCUACUACGAAGCCGAAGACGCCGACGACGGCUGGAAACCCGGUGAUGAUCCACUCGAGGGCCUCGGUGACCUAGAUCAGUACAACGCCGCCGAACCUGCUGCCGCCGAGACCGACAGCAACGAUGGAAUGGCAGCCGGGGGCGCCGCCGAUGGGGAGGAGGAGGAGGAGGAGGUGGGGGGUGGGUGGGAAGGUGAAGACGGGGGGUGGGAAGGUGAAGAGGGAGAGUGGGACGAAGGAGAGGGGGGGGGCGAGGAGGAGGAGGAGUUUGCGGGGAUGGGGGCGCAGAAAGAGCGGCUCUUGGACGAGCUGUACAAGCUAGACUACGAGGACAUCGUCGGGGACAUCCCUUGCAGGUUCAAGUACACGAAAGUGAAGUCGAACGACUUCGGGCUGAGCGCGGAGGAGAUUCUCCUGGCCGAUGACAAGGAAUUGAACAAGUACGUUCCCCUGAAGAAGCUUGCCCCCUACCGGAAGGACGAGCCUAAGCUGGACGCCCGCCGCCGCCGUAAGCUCCGGGAAGAGGUGAAGGAAAGAGAGGCGGCGGCAGAGAAAGAGAUGCUGGCGCAGAGGUCGAAGAAGAGGCGCCGCGGCAAGAAGAAGAGCAGCGGAGGCCAGACCGCCGUGGGCGACGAGGCGGCGGCAGCGGCAGCGGCAGCGGCACCGGUGGCACAGGAAGCGGACGGCGAGAGCGGCGAGCCUCGUUCGGUGCCGGCGGGGGAGGCGGUGACGGAGCCGGCCGGAGGCAAGCGACGGCGGAGAAAGAAGGGGCAGAAGAAGCAGCGCGCCAAGGCGGGCGGAGGCGGCGGCGGCGAGGGCGUGGACGCGCAAGCGGAGGCGGAACUCGUGCCGCGCGUGGUGGCCGUGGAGGCGCCACCGGCGCCGGCGCCGUCGCCGUCCCCCCGGCAAAAUCACGGCGCUCAAGCCGGGGACAACGGAACCACCACCACCAGUAGCAGCAUCGCCGGCGGCGGCGGCGAUGGCAAGAAGAAGAAAAGGCGGCGCCGGGCGUCGGAAGGAGGAGGGGCGGCGGAGGGAGAGGGCGCGCGGAACGGCGGGAACCCGAAGGAGGACGGGGGGGGUAAGACGGGCCGACCGGCGGUGGCCAAGAUCGACGGCGGAGAGGGCGGGGGCGGUGGUACCGCCAAGAAACCGCGCACAGGGGGCGGAGGAAGAGGCGAUCGGAAGGAGGGGGGUCAGGGUGGUGGGAAGAGUCCCGGGCAGAAGAACAGAAAAAAGAGUGCGGUCGUUGCGGGGGUUUCCAAGUCUCGUUUGGCGUCGUAUGGCUUGUAG